AUGUCUGAAGCCAGUGUCCAGUCCAACAAUAUGGAUAUCCUUCCAAAUCAAUUAAAGCGAGCUGCCAGUAAUGAUGCAGAUGAAUCAAGAGAUGUCAAAACCAUAAAGUUGGAUUAUGCAUCUGAUGCCAAUUCGAGCCAUCCCGGAUCUGUGUCUCCAUCAACUGAUACUACUGCCAAGCCUGAGGAGCAGCCUGUUGUAGAAGCACAGCAGUCAGUCAACAUUGACCCCGCUGUCGCUGCCGCUGCCGCCGCUGCUGCUGCUGCCAAUGCUGCUGCCAAUGCUUCUCAACCACAGCCACAACAGCAACAAAAGACACCAAGCAACGGCGUUACGGAUGCAGCAAACCCUACUGACAGCACCAAUGCCAAUACAAGCAACACCAGCAACCCCAAUCCCAAUAUAAUUACGAUGCCCAAUGUCCCACCUCCACCAGGCUUGCAUUUACUUACGGAUCCUCAACAACAACAACUAUUGCAAUCCUAUGUUCAAGCACAAGCACAAGCCCAGGGCCAAGAUCUUGCCAAUUUAACUGCUUCAUCACUUGCUCAAGCCAUGGUCUCACCUAUCGCUGUCCCUAGUUUAGCAUCUAACCUGUUACAACAACUUCAGCAAGGCGGCAAUGUUAUCACUGCGUUACCUGGACCACCUCAAAUGCCUGGAGGACCAGGAGGACCAGCUGGAGCACCAGGAGGCAGUCCUACCAACAUGCAUCCUCAUCUUCAACAACCCUCUCCCAACGCAAAUGGCAUGACGGAUGAUAACAGCGCCAACGGUAUGAAGAGAGCCAAUGCCAGAACCUUGUCCAACGAUGAGCGUCGUCAGCGUCGUUUACUGAGAAAUCGUGUUGCAGCAAAAGAGUGUCGUAAAAAGAAGAAGCAACACAUUCAUGAGAUGGAAGAGAAGAUUGUCCAAUUAGAGGAAGAGAAUCAGAAGCUCAAGCAGGAAGUGGAAGAGUUACAGGCUAAAUUGGCUGCUGGUGGCUCUUUGGGUGGAUCUGAAAGCUAUCGACUGAUGAAGGAGGUGGAAGAGUUGAACGCAAAGUUGGGUAUGGGUGUGCCUAUACCUAAUGGUAGCGCAUUGACCUCGGCUAUUGUAGCUGCUGCUCAACAGCAACAUCAGCAACAACAAGCUACAAAGUCGGAAGAAUCGCCUUCUACAUCUGCAGUGACCCCUACAUCUACUGCUACCGGUACACCUCCCAUCACAUCUGCUACAUCGACUCCAACCAUGACAACUGCCACCGCAACACCUACACCUACACCUACUACUACUGCCACCACUGCUACAACACCUGUCAUCACUACUUCUACUACCACCGAUACUACCACCGCCAUGCAACCAUCUCAACAUGAUACGACUACCACCGCCUCAUCUACUGUAAAUGAAACAAAUAGCGCUAUUAAUCAUGCUGUUCUUGUUAAUGAGCCAUCUAGUUAA